AUGUUAAAGGAAAAUCAAGAAAUAGAAGAGAAAAACAGCGAGGAGAAUAAAAACCUGCACCAACAUAAAACAAAAAGAAAAAUUAGAAAUUUUACCAUAGGAGAAAAGGUCAUGAUAAGGGAGUAUAGGCUGGUAAACCAGAUAAAAUGGGUAAAAGCUGAGGUGAUUCAAAAAAUAGGCAGAGUUGUUUACAAUUGCAGAUUGGAGGAUGGUAAAGUCUACAAAAGACAUGCUAAUCAGAUUAUCAGAAGGGGAGAGUACUUCGACAGACAGGAGGAAGGGAAAAGUACUAAAACACCGCCAGUAAAAAGAAAUAUUAAAGUACCCAAUAGCCAUUUACUUCUUUUAGGGGCAAGAAGUACAAGUACAGAUGACACGGAUUUACGAAAGGAAGACCAAACAAUACCAAAGGAACAAGAUUCGCAAGUACAAACUUUAAGCAAACCAAAUGACACAGAAAAUCCCAACUUAGCAAGCCAGAACGACAAUGCAACCACCUGCACAACCAAGGAGGCAAGUAUAAAUUCACAAAAAGAUUUAAAUAUGGCCGUUAAGGUACAUAAUUGUAAAAAUAAUAGUGAUAACUUAUUGUUAAGUAAAAACACUACAAAUAAAAGAAUAAUUAAGAAACCUACAAAAUAUAAUGAUUAUGUAUUAAAUUUUGAUUAA